AUGGACAAAGGAGCACUGAGAGCCACUGGGGCAACCGGCAAGUCCAUCCCAGGGAGGCUCAGCAUCUCUGCUUUUACAGGCACGCUGCAAAGGACAAGCUCUGGACUCCUUUCAAACCUUGUUGUUAAGGAGUGGAUGCUGCCGCUGCUGUUUCUGCUGCUGAUGUUCAUAGUGGGCUUGUUCAUGACGAACUUCCACUACCCCGAAGUGCCUUACCGCUCCCUCGGGCAGCUGGAUGACCCUGCCUACGAUGCCACCGGGGUCACCAUCGCUUUUACGCCCGUCACUGUGACCACCAGGCAGAUAAUGAACAAAGUGGCCUUGAACUCUGUCAUGGCAGGUAUAAAACUGGAGGCGCUGGACAAUGAGAGAGCCCUGCAGGAAGCCUGGAUUUCAGAUAGUGAAAUUAUAGGGGUUGUAUUUAAAAGCAACUUCUCCUAUCACCUCAGGUUUCCUCCUAGGGAUGUGGCUAUUCCAAAUGACAACUUUGGAUACAUAGAUAACUGUUACAAUUUCUCAUCGCACUACUGUUACAGCCCAAAGUAUUGGUACAAAGGCUUCCUCUCCCUACAGUCCAGCAUCGACGCUGCUAUUAUAGAGGUGGUGGCAAAUCAUUCUGUUUGGGAAGAAAUGAAAUCAAUUGCUGGUGUCCGUAUGAAGUCCAGGAGCGUCAUGUCCUCAAUUACAUUAGAAUACAGUUUUUUCAUGAUUACUAUCGUGAUGUGUUUCUCUCCGUUUAUGUAUUUCUUGUCGAUGAAUGUUGUAAGAGAAAAGAAGAAGCUCAAAGUAUUGAUGAAGAUGAUGGGGCUGCAGGAUAUUGCAUUUUGGCUCUCCUGGAGUCUGCUGUAUGCUGUUUACGUGAUGGUCCUCUCCUGCCUGCUGACCGCUCUCAUCGUGCGGGAUGUUUUCUACCUCAGCAGUUUCCCUGCCAUCCUACUGCUACUUUUCCUGUAUGGCCUAGCAUGUAUCCACCUGGUUUUCAUGCUCUGCUCCCUCUUAAGGACCUCCAAACUUGCUGGCUCCAUGGGGUUCCUCAUCACUUUUUUCUUCGGAUGCCUGAGCCUCAUGGUGCUGAUAGAAAACAUUCCAGAACCAUGGAAGUGGUUUCUCGGUCUCUUCUGUCCUUUUGCAUUUAAUGCUGGCAUUGCAAAGGUUUUCCAUUUAGAAAAAUAUGGAAUGGGUUUCUCUUUUUCUAACCUUAUGGAGGAGUCAUACUUUUUAUUUUCGACUUACAUUAUGCUGGUCUUUGACUCAGUCCUAUACAUGCUGUUAGCUAUGUAUUUCGACAAAGUUCUGCCAGGCAAAUACGGCAUCCCAGAUCCUCCUUUUUUCUGCCUGAAGCCCUCAUACUGGGUGCGGAGCAGGAAAGGCUCCACCAGGGAGAUGCCCAGAACUCCAGCAAGCCCCGAGGAGCUCCUCCAUGAUAACGUGGAGCCAGUGCCCCCAGAAUUCAUGGGCAAUGAGGCCAUCAGACUCAACAACAUUAAAAAAACAUAUAAAAAGAAGGACAAGAAGACAGAAGCUUUAAGAGGUUUGUCUUUAAAUAUUUAUGAGGGUCAGAUCACUGCCUUACUUGGCCACAGUGGGGCUGGAAAGACAACGCUGUUAAACGUGCUCAGUGGACUCACUUUGCCUUCUGAAGGCUCUGCAACCAUAUACAACUACAAACUCUCUGAAAUAGGAGAUAGGGAAGAGAUUAGAGAGAUGAUUGGCAUUUGCCCACAAUUCAACACACAGUUUGAGGUCUUGACAGUGAAAGAAAACUUGAAAACUUUUGCAGAAAUCAAGGGCAUCAAGUCCAAAGAGGUAGAGCGAGAGGUGCAAAACAUUUUGGAACUUCUGGAUAUCAGUAACGUUCAAGACACUCAAGCUGAGAAACUGAGUGGUGGGCAAAAACGGAAGUUAUCCAUUGGAAUAGCCAUGCUUGGAAACCCCCAGGUUUUGUUCCUGGAUGAGCCAACGGCUGGGUUGGAUCCUCUGUCCAGGCACCGAGUGUGGAGCCUCCUCAAGGAGCACAGAGCUGGACGGGUGAUCAUGUUCACUACCCAGUUCAUGGAUGAAGCUGAUAUCCUCGCGGACCGCAAGGCUUUUAUCUCGCACGGGAGGCUGAAGUGCGUCGGUUCUUCUCUGUUCUUGAAGAAAAAAUGGGGGAUUGGCUAUCAUUUAAGGAUCCAUGUCAGUGAGUCUUGUGACUUAGAGAACCUGACGUCUCUGGUUAAAAGAUACAUCCCCAAUGUCACAUUCUCAGGACACAGUCGAUAUGAGCUGAGAUAUAAACUGCCAUUGGAAAACGUGAAUAAAUUCCCAGAUCUGUUCAGUGCCCUGGACAGCUGCUCCGACCGGGGAAUUAUCAAUUACGGAGUUAGCAUGACAACUCUGGAGGAUGUCUUCCUGAGGCUGGAGGAAGAAGCCACAGUGGAUCAAGAAGGUGAGCGCAUCCUUGGGGAGGAGUGGGCAGAAGCAGGACCGCGGUGCCCCGACGAGACGGAGCCGGGCUCCCUGCUGCUCUCGGGCACUGGGAAGGCAGCAGUCGAUGGCUUGGCCCUCUGGAGGCAGCAGGUCUCUGCCAUGGCAUGGGUGCACUUCUUAAAGCUUACGAGUUCGGUGAAAAACCUGCGAUCAAUUUUGCUGCUCUAUGUGGUUUUUCUGCUUCCUCUGGUUUUGCAACUGUCCCUGGUUGCUGCCUGGCAGAGCGUGAGUGCUUGGGAGCUCUCACCUGCACGGUACUUCUUGCCCCUGGGGAGGAGGGCUCGCUCGGAGACAACCAGCCUCCUGGUCUACAACAACACAGGCGCAGGCAUUGAAGACUUUAUCCACAUGCUCGAGAGCCAAGAUCUCACAGUGGAAAUAAAAAGUGAGGAAAAUAUCACAGAGGAGCUAAGCCACAACGGGGCUAUAAAAGUGUCUCGCAAAGGCCAGAGCUACAGGUUUACUCUGUUAUGUCACAUGGAGGCCGUCAACUGCUUCCCGGUCCUUGUGAACAUCAUUAGCAAUGCUAUGCUGAGAGCCUUAAAUUCCACGGUGCACAUUCGGAUCUGGAGUCAUCCAUUUUUCGCUGUAAGUAAUCCAGGAUUCUGGAAUUAUUUUGUUUCUUUUUACCUCGUUUAUAUGCUGUUGUUAUUCCCUGGUUUUCCUCCUCACUUUGCAAUGGGCUACAUGCAGGAUUAUAAGGUGGGAGCUCGUGCCCAGCUGCGGAUCUCGGGGCUCUUUCCCUCGGCUUACUGGUGUUUUUUUUUGGUGGACAUCCCACUGUGCUGGCUUCUUCUCUUCUCCAUGUUUGGGCUUCAGCUUGCAAUGAGCAACAACGUUUCUGGAAGCAUUGACUGCCUCUUCUUGCUGAUCAUGGGUACUUUUGGCUAUGGAAUUUCUAUCGUUCUCUUCCUCUACUUGAUUUCCAUCAUGUCUCACAAAGGAUGGAACUGUGAUUUUUGGUCUUUUAUCCUGAUAUUGGUAUGCUUUGUUUCUUAUAUCAUCAGCAGAGUCAUCGAUUUCUUAACCGGCAUUGGAGUCUCCCUCUAUGUUGUGUCUCUCCUGAUUCCCGUGUACCCACUGAUGGGUGUAAUGACCAACUGUCAGCAGAUUUUUGUAAAAGACGCUGAGGUAUUUGACGUGAUGCCAGUGAAUGAAGUACUAGCAGCUGUCUUUGCACCCUAUAUCCAUUCUGUGGGUUUCAUUUUUCUUCUUCGAUAUUUGGAGAUAAAAUAUGGAAGAGCAGUUCUGAGAAAGGACCCAAUAUUUAGAAUUUCCCCAAGAAGAGAAAGCAGCCACCAGCACCCCAAGGAGCUCGAAGAGGAAGAUGAAGAUGUUAAAGCUGAAAGAACAGCAGUGAGAAACGCCAUAGCAGCUCCGAGUCAGGAGGAGAAGUCAGUCAUUAUUGUCAGCAAUCUGUGCAAGGAAUUUAAAAUAAAGCAAGCUGGUUCAGUUUUUAAGAAGAAGAAAACGGCCACCAAAAAUGUUUCCUUCUGUGUUAAAAAAGGAGAAGUAUUAGGACUUCUGGGGCCCAACGGAGCUGGUAAAAGCACAGCUAUCAAAAUGAUUACUGGAGAGACGCCACUGACUGCUGGGCAGGUGCUGAUGAAGAGGAGCAAUGGAGCGAGCCCUCACCUCCAGGACCACACGCCUGCCUUCCUGGGCUACUGCCCGCAGGAGGACCCGCUCUGGCCAGACCUCACCGUGCACCAGCACCUCUGGGUCUACGCGGCCGUGAAAGGGGUGUGCAAGGAGGAUACAGCUGCUGCUGUCAACCGAAUAGUGAAUGCUCUGCAGCUUCAAGACUAUUUAAAAAAAAAAACCAGAAAAUUAUCUGCUGGCAUAACCAGAAAGCUGUGCUUCGCGGUGUGCAUGCUGGGCAACCCUGCGGUCUUGCUCCUGGACGAGCCAUCAACAGGCAUGGACCCCAAUGGGCAGCACUGUGUCUGGAAUAUGAUUCGUGCUGCCCUGAAAACCAAGGAGACGGGCGCCAUUCUGACGACGCACUACAUGGAGGAGGCAGAGGCACCCCCAGAUCUCUUUUUUUUUUUUUCCUCCCUCCCCUGCAGGUGCAUUGGUUCCAUUCAGUACCUGAAGAACAAGUUCGGUAAAGGCUAUCUACUAGAAAUGAAGGUCAAGGAUCCAGAGUGCACUGAUCUCCUCCAUGCUGAGAUUUUGAGGAUUUUCCCAAGUGCAGCCCGUCAGGAGCGGUUCCCCUCUUUGCUAGUCUACAAGGUUCCAAUGGAAGAUGCACUGCCCCUGUCUCAGUCUUUCUCCAAACUAGAGGAAGCCAAAAGAAACUUCAACCUUGAGGAAUACAGCUUCUCUUUGAAUACUUUGGCUCAGGUGUUUUUGGAACUCUCCCGAGAGCAGGAAAAGGAUAAUUUUGAUCUGACUUUGGAUGGGACUUUUGAAUGGAAACAACUUCAGCCUGUUAAAGGUCUAAGAUGCCCAUUUACACAUUACUCAGUAUUAACCUAA